AUACUAUGAUUGUUCAGAGGGAAGGUAUCCGUAACAGUGUAACCCUUUUUAUAUGACUAAGAAGGGGGUCCAAAAAAAAUGUCGAGCGGCAGUGCACUUAGUAACUAUUAUGUGGACUCUAUAAUAGGACACGAAGCCGAAGAGGUGUACGGAGCUCGCUUCGUCCCGGGCUCGCACGCCUCCGCCUCCAGGCCGUCAGGUGUGGGCGAUAAUGCGGAUUUUUCCUCCUGCAGUUACGCGUCAAAGUCCGCCGUCUUCCCCGCCUCCUGGUCCUCGGUCCACCCGCCGUCCACGGCCGCCGUGUCCGGGAUUUACCACCCCUACGUGCACCAGUCCCACCUCUCAGGGCCAGACAGCAGAUACGUGCGCUCCUGGAUAGAGCCCAUAUCCAGCUCGGUGUCCUUCUCCGGGCUCCAUUCGAGCGGUCGCCACUACGGCACCAAAGCCCAAAGUUCACCUCCGAAGCGCAGCGAGUGUCCCGGGUUCGAGGCGCACACCCCGGCGCUGGCGGACUAUAUGUGCGGAGCGGCAGCGGACAGUAAAGACAAAGCGAGCAAAGAAGCGGGCGGCAGCGACAUUUUGCCUCAAAGCGACUCCAGAGAGGAGGAGAAGGAGCAGCAGCAGCAGCAGCAGCAACUUGACCCAGGCAACCCGGCUGCAAACUGGAUUCACGCCCGUUCCACCAGGAAGAAGAGGUGUCCCUACACAAAAUUUCAGACACUGGAACUGGAGAAGGAAUUCCUCUAUAAUAUGUAUCUGACAAGGGAUCGUCGUUACGAAGUUGCUAGAAUUCUCAAUUUAACCGAGAGGCAGGUCAAGAUUUGGUUCCAAAACAGAAGGAUGAAGAUGAAGAAGAUGACGAGGGAGAGGGGCAAUAAGGAUCAACAGUGACUUUCCCUGGACUGGAAGUGCAAGAACUGAACUAUUUAGAGUCUCCCUUUUCAUUGUGUAUAUGGUGUCAAGUCAUGUGCUAGAAUAAAACUUUGAUAGGAGCCUGUGUAUCAAGUAUAACUGUUUAGUUUUCAUCUCGAAGUGUUCAUUUAAUGGAGCGCUCUGCGUAUUUCUUUUAUUGCCUUAAAAAUAAAAAAAAAAUGCAGUCUUAAAUGAAUA